AUGUCGACUAUACCAGGAAUUUCCCUCGUCGACAAGACUUCUCCAACAACACCGGUCGAGCCAGUGUCCACCACUAAUGAAGACCUUGAGCAAAGGCUCUCAGUUGGCUCACGCACGGCUACGGCGUUAACGAAGAAGUUGACGAAGAGUUCCAUGAAGGAUAGCCUAGCACGGAGGAAAUACGCGAAGUUUCAACAGUGUCGAUACAGGAACGGCAAUAGCAAUGAUUCCAUCGACAGUAACAGGGCAUCGUUGUCGCGGCAGGGUUCUGCAGAUAUAGGAAUAGAGCGUCAGGGUUCCAGGGACAAUACCAAACAACUUGGGAAGCAAGCCCUUUCUAAAGGAGCUUCUGACGGCUCGUCGGAGCUCGCACCCUCAGCCUCACAUUCCUCACAACCCCCUCUGACUAGCGAAAAUAGCGAGAUUGACGUGCUGUACGAGAAUCAGCGAGGGUGGUGGUGCUUCGGGAUACCUAUAUACUCAGCAAAGUCGCUUCUAAAUUUUGAUCCGUCUGCCUGGCUCUCGCGCAAUUUCGCAGCUAGCCCCGUCGACAUUACCAAUGCGCAGGUGCCUGACCCUAGUUGGGAGUGGGCGUGGGAAACCUGGUAUAUUGAUAUGUCCUAUGACGUUGACGAGGCUGGAUGGCAGUAUUCAUUCUCCUUUUCAUCGCGCUUUGCAUGGCAUGGUACUCAUCCGUGGUACCACUGCUUUGUAAGACGAAGACGAUGGCUGAGAAAAAGGGUUAGGAAGAUAUAUAUUGGGCCUGAGGAAGACGUCUGCCUAGGUAAAACGUCCACGCUUAAUGGAGAUUACUUUACCGUCAGCUCGUGCCGGACGCUGAAGGCUGAUCCUGAGAGCCGACGAGUAAGCCGCGUAACCAUUUCGACCGUUGGCGUGAGAGUAGAGGAUAUUUUGCCUGAGGAUAUCACCACUAUCAGAACGCUGUUAUGUGCGAUGACGGGAGCUUCGUUAGAUAGGGAUAAAAUCCUUGCCGUUCAACGCUUUGUGAAGUAUGCAGACGAGGAAUUUCAUUUACUCCCAGAAAAGAUGUCUGAGAUUCUAUCUGUUUUAAUGUUCCAUACUUCUCGCCAACAACUCUUGGACUACUUACGAUAUACUAUGGAGACCAUCCCGGCAACUGCUGAAGGUGUUCAGAAACGAAGACGAGACAGUCUUGCCAAAAUAUUUGAGGAUGGGCGGUUGAAAGACCUGAAUUUCUGGCUUAAUUCAAAGGUGUUAGUUCGGGAGGAGGGACAUGGCUCGGAUGUCGGAGAGGGCAGCGAGCCGGCUCAUCAAUCUAUUAAUAAAUCCAAAGGAAAGGCCGUUGUGCGCAGUGUGGUGGAUAUGGAACAGACCAGUGAUUAG